AUGAAGAAUCUACCAGCUAACAGUGACCCUUACUGCAAUCUACCCCCACACCAGAAGAAAUCAUUCAUGGAGAUAUAUGAAGAAUAUGCGAAGCAGAAUGUAGAAGAUGACGUGAAGGAAAUGUAUAAAGAAGAGAAAUUAAGAAGAUGGCAGAGGGCUUGUAUAAGGAUACUAAAGGAGACAGAAGAUAGAGAAAUUGUAUGGAUAUUCGACAAGGAUGGAGGAGCAGGAAAGACAUACCUAUGCAAACAUUUAAAUGCAGUAGAGGGAGCAGCAAUAUUUCAGAAUGGAAAUUCAAAAGACAUCAGCUAUGCAUAUAAUGGCGAAAGUAUUGUAUGUUUCAACUAUACCAAAGAAGAUGAGAAGUUUGUGAAUUAUGCUAUCCUAGAAAACCUGAAAGAUGGAUAUCUAUUCUCCGCCAAGUAUGACAGCAAGACAAAACAUUUCAAAAGUCCAAAGGUGGUAUGUAUGGCUAACUUUAUGCCCGAUGAAACUAAAAUGUCAGCAGACCGCUAUUGGAAUUUCCAGUUAAUGAAAAAAGAAGACGAAUACAAAAUGAUCAUAUGUUAA